UAGCUUUCUUGGAUCUGUGCAUGCACACUCUACUUCUACUACCUCACUCUACCACCUUCAUAUUAUUUUCAUUUUAUUUUAGCUAGCUAGAAGAUCCUCCAUUACCAAUUCACUACAAAAUGAAUAUCUUUAAAUGGAUGCAAAAUAGGCUUAAUGGCACCAAUGGGAAAAUGAAACCUAGCUCUAUUUCAGCUACUCAUCAUAUGCUGAAUGAGACUUAUAAACAAGAAUUCAGUGAUUGGGAUCAUGCAAUACUUGCAAUUGGAACACUUGGGAAUAACAAUUUGAAUGAAAAUUCAAAUAAAAGUAUUGAUGAAGAGGAUUCACACUCCUUUCAAGAUUUCACACAUGAGUUCUCUUUUGAAGAAGUUGGGAAUUUUCAGAAUGAAUUGAAAAUGAAUUUGGAAGAGAGUGGUAAUUUCUAUCCAAGCAACAAUUUAAUAUGCAAUAGGGGAAGAAAGAGUUUGGAUAAAAGUAAUAAGAAUGAAGUUUCUAAUCAAUCACUUUCUUUCCUUCUUAAGAAGAUUUUUGUGUGUGGAGGUGAAUUGCCACCUACAUCUGUGUUCAAAGAUCCACUCUCUACAGAGUCUAGAAUGGAAAAGAUUCUAAGGGCAAUACUUCACAAAAAAAUACAUCCACAUGGUUCAUGUUCAACAACGUUUGUAAACAAGUACCUUGAAAACAAUUCAAAGCCCGAGUAUGAUUAUGAAGAUGAAGAUGAAGAUGAAGAUGAAUAUGAAUAUGAGUAUGAAGAGGAGCUUAAAAAUAGUGUUGUGGAGAAAGGAUGCAAAUGGGUCAAGACAAAUUCCGAAUAUAUCGUUCUUGAGAUAUAA